UAAUGUGUGCUAAGCUGGAAGGUACGAUGAACUACUGCAUGUAGGCAUUCCGGAAGUGAAAUUUUUUCGAAAUAUUUUUAUCCGCAUAAUUGUUCGUGGCACAAAGUUGUAGAGGACUUAAAGUGUUGUUGAAGGACCUCAAAACGCUUUCUGGGGUUAUCAAAGGUGCUGAUUAACGAGGCACUAAUGUCCGAUGUCUAAGGUCUGUACCUGUGGCACAAGACUGUAUAUAGACGACUCAAGUGUUGUUUAAAUUAUCAAGGGUGCUGAUCAACAAGGCACCAAUGUCUGAUUUCAAGGAUCUGUACCCCACCCUGACGUCUGUGGGGCUAACGUCUGAGCGUCUCUUGGCAGUAGCAGAUGAUUCUGACCAAGGAUCAGAUAUUGAAGCUCUCAAUGUGCCUGCAUCACAUAUAACAAACCAGUUUGUUUUGGAGCUGUAUAACUUCAUGAACAGAAAUUCGCCCUGCACUUUCUAUGUGCUGUGGUGUUGGAUGUCAUCCUUGUUUUCAGCCAAACGCGAGCAAGAAGAAUUUCCUACCAUCAAAUCGAUUCGGCAAAGUGUGCUUCGCUUGUCUGCAAAGUUUAUGAACCUAAAGAAAAUGCCAUCCUCCAGUGACAAGGUCACCAUGAUUGCUGAGUUUAAGGCUCACUUAUACUCCUUACCUCGGGUCUUUGUUUCACAAGGCAAAGUUGUUGUUUCCACUGAUACUGGUGGUGAGGGCAGUAGUUGCUCAUCAUGUGCAGAAAUGAAGAAUGUUGUAAAACAAUCAAGACAGAAAAUGUACGCUGCUCGAAGGAAUGGACAAAAGCGAACUAAAAGGAGAGAUGAUACUAUUAAGGAUCAGGCCCAAGAACUCAAGAAAGACAAGAAAGCUAUAGACAUGCUCCAGAAACAGGCCACUAAGAGUGCCAAACAAGUGACUUCACUCAAGGCAAAGGUUGAUCGACUGAGACACCGGGCUUCCUAUUGGAAAUCAAAGUUCUCAGAAAUCAGUGGAGGUGAAAACUGUGAGGAACUGGAUGAACUAGAACGAGAGUACGGACAGAAACAGAAUCUACUUGUAGAAGAAGUCAGGAAGCUUGAAUAUGACAAUGCUGAACUAAAGGACAAAGUUGAUGAAGUGAUGUCAGACAAUAUUGUCACAUUCGAAGGGGGGAAAUACACCAAUGAUGUCCGUGCUUGUUGUUAUGAAUUGCUUUCGCUUAAUGUUGGUGUCAACAAUGUCCGGUCAGUGAUUGAGAGUGUACUGACAAAUCUAGUGCACAAGAAAGCUGACCGUCUACCCAAAAGAACUGCAGUCUGCCAGAUGAUGCUCGAGUGCUUGACAGUCGCUCAAGCACAACUAGGUGAACAACUGGGCUCUGAAGAUGGUGAGCACUACACACUACAAACUGAUGGUACGACCAAGCAUGGCCACCAUUUUUCCACAUUUGAUCUGGCCACUUCAGAAGAAACAUACACUCUAGGGCUGCGACACGUGUUUUCAGGGUCAGCACAGACAACAUUGGAUACUUUCCGAGAGAUUCUUGAUGACUUAGAUGUCUUGAUGACUUAGAUGUUGUGAGACAGGAAAUUGGGCAGUCGAGCGUGUCAUCAAAGAUAGUAUAUAAGUUGAAGAACACCAUGUCUGAUCGACAUGCUGCCGAAAAGCUCUUCUCUACUCUGUUAUCUGAUUACCGAGCUAGUAUCCUACCUGACAUUGUGGACAAUUGGGACGAUAUGACUAGUGGGGAACAAGAACAACUUACCCGGAUGAAUAACUUUUUUUGUGGGUUACAUUUUCUGAUCGCCUUAGCAGACUCAGCAGAAGAGACACUAAAGGUAUGGGAGGC